UUUAUAUCUUUGCUGGUGAUUGAAGAGUUCAUGGCAUUCAGUGAACUACAACCUUUUCCACUAGGAGUUGGCUCAAGUGUUAGUAUCACACAUUGUAACAGCAAAUACAAGCAGAAGACAUUUGGAGCCCAUCACUGCCUUUUACUGACAGAUGUUAUUUCUGAGAAGCACCUCCAUUCGUGAACACAUUAAGUAGAGGGUGAGACAAUAAAGGGUUCCAAGGAAGGAGGGAUUGAUGCGAUGAAGGAGAUGAAUAGUGUUCAUGGAAAUGGGAGUCACAUUUCUCAAGCUCUUUCAAAUAUCUGAUAAGGGAGAUACUGCUAUCUUUUAGUUUUAUAAACGUGGAUCUUCUUCACUAUUAAGGGGAUGUACUGAUUGUUACUUCUGUGAGUGUGUGUGUUUGCAAAAGGUAAAGUCUGGCUGGAGUGUGAGCGCCCUAGGGGGGUGCAGCUGAUGCGGUUACACUGGGCCCCGUGCUUGAGGGGGCCCCCACAGUGAAGGGGGACAUCCCCCAACUGUGCCCCACAUCAUCUGGACUGCCCUGCACAUUAUUAUUAUGAAACAUUUUUUACAUUACUAUUUUUUUUUUGCAAUUUGUGCUAUAAGUUGUCAAGACAGGAGGUAAGAUAAUUUAUACUGUGUCUUGAUGAUGUGUACUGAGACCUAACUUUGUUUCUGUUUUACAUGGUUUGGAUGAGCUGGAGUACGUGGACCACAGCAAGAGAAAAAGUGAAGGCGAAGAUAAGAGUGCCAUGCGUUCAUCCAAAGACGAUUUAUGGUGAAACAAGGUUGUGAAUAUGCCCUGGUGGAUUAAUAACCAGCCGUAAAACACAGGUGGGAGAGAUGAGAGCGGAUCAAACAAAGGAAGAAGUCAAAUAAAGAGAGUGAAAUGGUGAUAGAUAAAGCGCAAGACGGGGCCAUGAGCUUUGCACCACCCUACGACUCGCUACCAGCUGGACCGAGUCCCUGCAGUUCAAAAGAGUGGGAAAGAGAGCUGCACGGUGCUCAAAGACUGACGUCCCCACUUCGAGUGGCUCUGCCUUCUGUUUCCCGACGGCCUUCAGCGCUCCCUGGAUAUCUGCUCUCACCCUCCCGAAAGUAUGCUGAUCAACAGCAACGUCUUUCAUUAUCGCUGUGCUCAGAGGCCUCGCUGGCACCCCCUGUGCCUGCUGUGGGUGCUGCUCCACCUUGCUGCCGGACGGUGGGAGUCAUGCCCUUGCUGCGCCUUGCGCUCCUGAUUUUCAGCUUCCUUUUUUGGGCAGCAGGCCUUGCGAUCUUCACCUUAGGAGUCUGGGCGCAAGCUUCGCUGUUUGACUACAUGCUACUCUCUACGAACCGCUACCCAAAUGCGCCCAUCAUCUUGUUAUGCACAGGUGCUGUUGUGACCACUUGGGGCUUUUUGGGAUGUUUGGGAGUGGCUGCCAACCUUCCCUACCUUCUGAGGGCAUAUGGCUUUUUCCAGUUGGCCACACUCAUGGGUGGACUAGCGGCGGGUCUCUCGGGGCUCUUUUACAGGGAGGAUAUUGCCGAAGGUUUCCGUAGUGGGCUUAAGAACGCUGUGUUGGACUAUGGAGAAGAUGAGGGCCGCGCAGAUGCACUGGACAGUUUGCAGAGGGCACUUGAUUGCUGUGGCGCUGAGGGUUGGCGCGAUUGGCUCAUGUCCAAUUGGGCUAUUCAGGAUACUGUUAACUCAACAGGAGGUUUGGGGAAUGAUUCUUCUGCUGUGUCGUUGCCAGACAGUUGCUGUGUGAAACGCAAAGGCUGUCUCAAUAGACCAUUGCCAGAGAGUAUAUUUAGUGACACUGAGCUCGCGGGGAUUCAUGCUCACGGUUGUUUCCGCAAAGUCUUCAGCUUGGUAAAUGACAACAUUUUUCAUAUUGCAGCAACAGUCCUGUGUCUUGCUUUCACCCAGGUGGCAGGUAUAGCCCUCACUUGUCUGCUUGCCAAUCGUCUUUCACCCAGACUGCAAAGACAAGCCCGUUGAAAUUAAAAAAGCAUCAUGAAUUUGCCUCAUGUAGACUUUCAUUAUACUUGCUGCAGUUUCUUGAGUUCUUGAGUUUUUAUGGAUGAGACCAGCAAAAGGUUUUUGGAAAAAUACAAAGAUUAACACUGCAAGUGUGUCAUAAAUGUUAGAUUGAAUGUUUAAAAUGUUAAUUAUCUUAUAUAUAAUUAAA